AUGACGAUAUUAUACAUUGGUGUCAAUGCCGAUUCUGGCUGCUUUGGGCGGUGCACAAGCCACAGUUGCACCAAAUAUCUGGCCUUGGCGCGCCUGAAUCAGACGGAGGACGCCGUGCGCAAGUCGUGCGCGCCAGGCCAGGCACCAGCAGCAGCAGCGCUCCGCAAAUCACAAAAAGAAACAUUGGACGGAUGGACGUUAAUUGCCAGUGCUGUUCAUCACCAACAUCAAACCGCUCCGUCGCCGAAUCCAGGCCGAAUCCCUGCUGCGUGGAAGUGCCACUUGGGAGGGAAAAGGGGGUUCCGGGCGCCAAAUCUCAGAGCGUACAGCACUUGUGGCCAUUCUCGUACUACCACGACCCUCGUCAGCAGGGACACCGCCUUUGUCAGGACAGGACCGGAGGCACGCACGCACGCACGUUUGAUUGAUGGGAGCAAUCAAACCACUGCAAAAGAAAUUGGCUGUGCUGUGCUGUGCUGUGCUGAGCUGCCCGUCCUCCACACUACGCACCCCCUCGGCCUCACUCCCCCUGUAGCCGUCCAGCCCACACACUCUCUCGUGGACGCGGUCACUUCAGGCAAGGAAGAAGAAAAAAAGGCACAGGACCUGCGAGAGCCACUGGGGGCCGCCGGCUGGGGCUCUGGAACCACUGAACCACUGAGGAGCCCAGCAAGGGCCAGGCCAGACCCGGACGCUUCCCAGGUACGGAGCACAGGUGUAGCCGCACCGGCGCCGUCCUGCCCUGCUCGUCGUGUACUCGCUACCUGCCUCGGCCAGUACCUCCAUGUACCCGACAGGGGCCGCGGCGCUGCUACAGUAGCAGCUUGCAAGUGUACUGCCCCAAGCGCGGUACCUGUCGCACGGGGCAUGUACUCGUACUUGUACCGGGCGCAUGUACCCAGUACACAGGUACCUCCAGCACCGCUCAGCUCGUACCCUCACCCGCUCCUCUCGCUGUGCUGUGCCUCUACGGAGAUUCCCUAG